AUGAUCAAAAUCAACUAUAUUUUGGCCGCGCUCGGUAUCGCCUGCUAUGGCGCAUAUGCUUCGUCACAUCAUGAGCCAAAGCCUGCCGCAGCACGAAGAGAACAGCAUCCUACAAGAAUAUCACGGAUUCGGCGAUCAUCGUCCAACAUUGACCUGUUUUCCGAAACAUCAAGCUUUACCAUUGUGAAUCAGCACAGUUCGGCAGUAAAGGUGAUGAUGACGAGAGGUUGCGAUGGUCGCCCUGGAGGUGCCGGGUGGUCGCCAUUUCCGCUUGAGAUCACCUCUGAUGGCAUCGAAUAUCACAUAUUUCCGCCGUCUAGCUUUGGGCGCGCUGGGGGUAGCUGCAGUAAUCCAGAGCAAUCAGUCCACCUCGACUUGGGAGAAAUCCAGUCUGACGACAGUCUGGAUUUUGUUGUCCCUGUUGGCUGGCAUGGCAAGGUCUCUUUCGCCGGUGCCGAGUACGAAAUGACUGGAAUGAAUGAAACACUGCUCGAGGGCAGUUUCGGCUUCCAGAGUAAUGGCUAUGGUUACGAAAAUCUCAAAUUGGACUUUGACGUCAGCUUUGUGGACGGGUUUACCCUGCCGUUGACGUGCUCUUGUGGUGGUCCGGUCCUUGCCGGAUGCAGUUGGGACUUGCUAGAGAUGAGUGAAUGUCCAUAG